AUUGCCUGCGACACCAAGUGAUCUCUGAGUUCCCAGACGUGUUCCAGGGCAUCGGACGCACCAAGAACGAGUAUCACAUGGUUCUCAAGGAUGAUUGCCGUCCUGUGGUUCAGCCAGCACGUCGAGUGCCGCAUGCUCUCCGCGAGCCUCUGAAAGACGAACUGGACCGCAUGACCACUAGUGGCAUCAUCGCCAAAGUCCAAGAACCAACAGACUGGGUUUCGACGACAAAGGAAGGCUCAAGCGAUGAUGUGGAGCUUCAUGCAGCAACUGUCCUGUCUACGCUGGAGGAGCCUCUUCUGUUACGAGAGACGCCACUCCAACCUUGGGCGCGAAUCGGUGCAGACCUGUGCAUGUAUGCUGGGAAAUCAUACCUGGUUCUCUACGAUGCUUACUCAAACUUUCCCGAGGUCGCCGAACUACGAGAUACUACAUCAAAGACUGUGAUCGACGUCAUGGCAAGCAUGUUUUCUCGUCAUGGACUUCCUCUCGAGGUUUGUACAGACGGCGGUCCACAGUUCAUAGCUAGAGAUUUUACCGAGUUUGCAGCAAAAUACGACUUCAAACAUACGAAGAUGCAGAAAGUCCUGAGGCUCGAGUGCCAACGUUCGCUGUCUCCAGCCCAGAUACAUCAAGUCCCGGCAGAAGCCAGCAGGAUAAUAGCACAAGCACAAGUCAGCUGGAUAAUAGAAAUCAAGCGUGCCUACAAGGAAGUCUGCCUCUGA